ACCUCGACUCCUCGAGUGCUCUCUCCGGUCUCCGCUCCUCCUCUCCCCCACCCCACCCAGCUCCCCAGCUACGCCGGCGGACGGCAGCCCAGCGGCUCCGAGCGUCUACAGGGAUGGUGGUGGCAGUGGCGGUGGCUACUGCCGCGCGGUGGCCCGGCGGAGCCACGGCGCGCCCGCCGGCGGCGAGGGGCUCCUGCCGCGCCGCCGCCGAGCCCGAGCACAAGGCGGCCACGGCCAGGUUUGUAAAAUAUAGGUUGUUACCAUGGAUGAAACCAAUAAGACAUGACGUUAGGGUGCAAAUGUCCAAUGUAAAUGUUGGUGCUGGGAGCUAUGAAGGAGAUGGAGCAAAUAGACAUGAAGAACAUUUGGAUAAUUCUGCUACCAGAGAUUCCAAUAAACCAACAAAACCACUUUCAGGAUCUAGUUUCCAAUCUAUUGGUGCCGUGCUACUUCUCUGCACCCUGGCAGCUGGUUUUUUCUUUAAAGGACAACCAUCUGCAGUUGUAUCUAUGCUGGCAAAAUCAGGUUUCACGGCAGCAUUUACACUGAUUUUUGUAUCUGAGAUUGGAGAUAAGACAUUUUUCAUUGCCGCACUACUCGCAAUGCAAUAUCAAAAAGCAUUGGUUUUACUUGGGUCAACGGCUGCCCUUUCCCUGAUGACUAUUGUGAGUGUUAUAAUUGGACGGGUUUUCCAGUCUGUACCAACACAGUUUCAAACAACGUUACCGAUAGGAGAGUAUGCUGCAGUUGUUCUGCUGGCAUUCUUUGGUUUUAAGUCAAUAAAAGAUGCAUUGGCACUUCCUGAUAGUGCCAAUGGGAACAUUGAGGGAAACUCUGAGAGUGGGGAACUGGCUGAGGCUGAGGAGCUUGUCAAAGAAAAGGUUUCUAAGAAGCUCACCAGCCCUCUUGAGGUCCUUUGGAAGUCCUUCAGUCUUGUUUUCCUUGCGGAGUGGGGAGAUCGGUCUAUGCUGGCUACAAUUGCUUUGGGUGCUGCACAGUCUCCUUUGGGCGUUGCUAGUGGAGCCAUAGCUGGACACUUGAUUGCAACUGCCCUUGCUAUUGUUGGGGGAGCAUUCCUGGCCAACUAUCUAUCCGAGAAGCUGGUUGGCCUGCUAGGAGGAGUAUUAUUUUUGCUCUUUGCUGCAGCAACUCUAUUUGGUGUAUUCUAACCCAUCUGAAGAAUCUGUGACUAGGGAAAACCAAGUCGGCUUGUUGGCAGGCGUGGUAUGUAGAUAGGUGUUAUCCUUUCCAUGAGAUUAUUUCAAUGUGCAUACAUUUCUAUCAGACUGGAAAACGUACCAUAAUAUAUGGGCAGUUGAAACACGUUACCAUGCGCUGAUUUAAUUACAUCUGUUUAAUUGGAAUUACUACUUUGGUCUUUGAA